CAGUGGAAGACUGCCAAAUGAUCGACAAGAGCAGCAAUAUCUCUUGCAAGGUGUCACUCAGACUGCGUGGCUUUAAUACGACGGGACCCAACCCUAUGAACAGAACCGCAUCAGAAAAUGCCGUUAGUGUUAUGGAUUCCGUGCAGCAGCUAGAAAGAGCUGUGACCAUACUGGUAAAUGAGUCAAUUGUAAGUGGAAUCAGUUUAAACACCAGGAGCGUCAGCUUAAAACAAGAUCCGACUUCGUGGAGUGUUGGAAAAUACAUUUCUUUAUGCCCUAUUGGUACAGCACUGUUUGAAAACAACUUUGUUUGCGUCAAUCGUCCACCGGAAACUAGCGGGGCUACAAACGGGACGUCACCUGCCUGCUUUCCGUGUCCCAUGGGAACAUAUCAGCCUGGUGAAGGAGAAACUUCUUGCCUGCCUUGCCCUGCGGGUUUUAAUUCUCGUAGAACGGGAUUGGAGGAUUUGACCUCAUGUAAAGGUAAGUUGCUAUACUCAGAUAUGCAGUGUUUCACAGGGCAAUGGCUCAGGAUGAAAACGAAUUCAACCUAUCGCCCAGAAUGCCGUGACACAUCCGGCACUUUCGCUAUGUUCCCCAAGAAAAUUCAAAGUCACUCAGGAUGGCAGCCGGUCAGACAAUAGGGAAAAUGAACUGAAAGCGGCAAACAGCGGGUACAUGGUCGCAAUAACCAAAAAAAGUGUUUAGUUUCUACUGAAAAUGCUGCGCUGCGUCAGUGGCGAAGCGUGAAUAUAACUGCCCUCGCGAAUUUGCAAACACUG